AUGGAUGACUUAUUUAAGUCUUUUGUGCCUGCAAUUCUCAUACUCAUCCUUAUCUGUUUCCUCUCUAUAGGUUUAUUUCUUAAGAAAACUAGUCAAGCCAUUGACUACUGGCUUUUCCUUGGAUCCCUUCCAUCCCUGGCAAGGAAUUCUAACCGUUUACCUGAAUGGUUUACUGAGGUAUUUUGUUCACUUGGUAGAGGUUCUUUCUUUCUUGAUGGACCUAUCUUCUCAAAUCUCAAAUAUUUUGUAACUUGUCACGACAAAAACAUUGAAUAUAUUCUUAAAUCCCAUUCCAACAAUUUCCCCAAAGGUCCAGAAUUCAAGCAAGUUUUUGAUCCACUAGGUGAUGGAAUCUUCAAUGUUGAUGCUGAUGCUUGGAAAGUACAGAGAAGAAUGGCUCAUGCAGCGUUUAUAUCUAGUGAGUACAAAGGUCUAGUGUCUAACAUGUGUCGCGGGGUUGUAGAAGAUCAGGUAGUUCCCUUAUUAGUUCGAUUAGCUAAAACGGGUACAACCAUUGAUUUACAGGAGGUGUGUUCAAGAUUCGCUUUCGAUGUUAACAUGAAUACCAUAUUUGGAAAGCAUGCAAAUUACCUCUCUAUCCAACUUCCUUCUAAUGAUUUGGCUGAAGCUAUUGAUGCCGCACAAGAAGGCGUGUUUUAUAGGCAUACAAUGUCAAUGUUCAUGUGGAAGUUAAUGCGCUUGUUUGGAAUUGGUAGGGAGGGCGAGGUGACUAAAGCUGUCAAAACAGUAAACACGCACUUCUAUGAAUAUAUUUCCCAAAAGCGAACAAACUUGAUUAAGGGGGUAAAAACUUUUGAUCUCUUAUCAUUAUACAUAAAUAGAACUCAGGAUCAUAAGAAAAUUUUUGCUCCUUCGCCACACAAAAAUGACCAAGUUCCUUAG